AUGCCCUUACCCGAAGAAAUAGAUGCGGAAAAUCUUGAUCGCGAAAUACGUGUUUUAAAUAUUGCCUAUCCCCAAACAAUCGAAAACGUUCACGAAAAACAAUGUGGUAUACGUAUUAAAAUUAAUAUGGGGAAUAUUACACGAGCCGAUCAAGUUGUUAAAUAUCGUACGCCAAUGAUGUAUUUACCCGCGGGACAUUAUGGGCUCGAAGACAUGUUAGAAUAUCUCAAUGAAUUAGUUGACGAAUACGACAUGGUUUUUGUAAAACAAGAUGGGGGGCGUGUCGGUGUUAAAUUUAACGGGGUUAUUCAAUAUAUUUAUCAAGCUAAAAAACCGUCCUACGCUGAAUUAUCUAAACCCUAUACAAGAUCAUCAUCGUUUGAUUUUGAAAUGACUCCUAGUUUAGAAUACAUGUUAGGGUUGAACGAAUGGGUCGUACAUCCCGACAUGGUCGCUGCUAAAAUUGGUCAUGCACAAGCACAUUUACCCUGGCUACAAUUUAUUCAAAUCGCUGGAGAUGAACGAAAGCUUGAACAUUUUACAUUUUACGGAAAACAUAUGCCGGAUAUGAGUAAUGGAAUAAGUAAAUUAAUGAUUUAUUGUGACGAAGUAGAACAGUCGGUUGUGGGGAAUACAAAAGCAAGAUUAUUAGCAUCUGUACCCAUUAAUGUUGAAAAACAGGGUAGCUCUUCUUUGGGUGUAUAUUCUCCACCGGAUACGUCUCGAAAAUUAAUCAAGGGGCGUAUCAGCGCUUUACACAUUGGUAUAUAUGAUACACACUACGACCCCAUAAAUUUCAGUGCUGGAGUAAUUACGUUGGAAGCUAUAAUAGAUUAA